AUGUCAGCCCCAGAUCCAAAAAAGGAGUCAGCGCCAGAUCCGAAAAAGGAAAAGACACCCGAAUCAACUACUAAGUCAAAGAGUGAAAAGCCGGGAAAACCACAAGAAAGCAUAGUGACAGUGAUACUAACUGCUAUUCAAAACAUUUGGACAAAAAUCGCCAACUUCUUUUACACCUUAUUUAUGGUGAUUAAAUUCAUUGUUACGAAGCCGGAUGUUGCUUGGGACCUUAUCACUACUUCGUUCCAUUUAAUCAAAGUAGCCAAAGAAGCCGGUUUAUGGUCAUGGAGUCAAUUAUGGGAUAUGUUCUACAUGCAAACGAUAGCACCGAUGGUCCGAGCACAACAAGUGGAAGAUGCAGUAAAAGCGCAAUAG